AAUGUGUGUUGAUUAGAUCUCAUGUGUCAACACCUACACGUAGACAGACAAAGAAACUCAAAGAGUACUCUUUUAUGGAGCAGUACUUCAUUAUUACCAAACUCACCCUGAUUCUCUUUAACGCUAUUUUAUUAUGAUCUUCUUUUCACAACUUGAAUUAUUUCUUUCCAUCUCUCUGAAUCUCAAAUCUCUCCCCAAUCUCUCUGCAUCUCAAAUCUCUCUGUUGCCUUUUCUUUAAUCUCACAAAGCUCCAGUCCAAAUAUCAGUUGGGUAUAUACAUACGCUUGAGUGAGAUAUGGUUGCGUUUGGGAAAAAGUUGAAGGAAAGACAAAUACAAGAAUGGCAAAGGUACUACAUUAACUACAAAUUGAUGAAGAAAAAAGUCAAACAUUAUUCCCGCCAGAUUGAAAUUGGAGCACUUGAUCGUCGACAUGUACUCAAGGAUUUCUCAAGAAUGCUGGAUAACCAAAUUGAAAAAACUGUACUUUUCCUAUUGGAACAACAAGGGUUACUUGCGAAUAGGAUUGCUGUACUUGGGAAGCAGCAGGAAGUUAUAUCCAAUAUUUCUGAACUUCGAGAAGCAUAUAGGGACGUUGGGCGAGAUCUCUUAAAGCUUCUUUCUUUUGUUGAGAUCAAUGCCAUUGGCCUGCGUAAGAUCCUCAAGAAGUUUGACAAACGGUUCGGCUACAAGUUUACCAAUUAUUAUGUCAAAACUCGUUCGAAUCAUCCUUAUUCACAACUUCAGCAAGUGUUUAAGCAUGUGGGAUUAGGGGCAGUUGUAGGAGCCAUUUCCCGCAAUCUUUCAGAUCUGCAGGAACGUCAAGGGAGCUACUUAUCUAUAUAUGAUCAGCCUACUCUUCCUCUCCAGGAUCCUGUGGUUGACUCUAUAAAAGCAGCAGCGGAUCGUUUAAACUACUCAACUAAUUUUUUACAAUUCUUGGGUCAGCAUGCUCUUAUUAUGCAAGAGGAGGAGUUGCCUACUCCUUCAGAGGAGCAAGUUGAUGAUGAUAGAUAUCAUUUUAUGUCUCUUCUACUAAACCUAGGCAACACAUUUCUCUAUAUGGUCAAUACUUAUAUUAUCGUUCCGACAGCAGAUGACUACUCAACAAGCUUGGGUGCUGCACCUACGGUUUGCGGUAUUGUAAUUGGUGCAAUGGCUGUCGCACAAGUCUUUUCUUCAGUUUAUUUCAGUGCUUGGUCUAACAAAUCUUACUUUAGACCCCUUGUGUUCAGCAGCAUUGUUCUCUUUGUGGGAAAUGCCAUGUAUGCACUUGCUUAUGAUUUCAACUCAAUAGCAGUUCUUAUUCUUGGUCGUUUAUGUUGUGGGUUUGGCUCUGCUAGAGCAGUGAAUCGCCGGUAUAUCAGUGACUGUGUGCCACUCAAAAUCCGAAUGCAGGCUUCAGCAGGAUUUGUUAGCGCGAGUGCUCUUGGAAUGGCAUGUGGCCCUGCACUUGCUGGUCUACUUCAAAUUAAUUUCAGGUUUUACAAGCUCACUAUCAAUCAAAAUACACUGCCUGGAUGGGUUAUGUCUGUGGGAUGGUUGGUUUAUUUGGUAUGGCUGUGGAUAUCAUUUAGAGAGCCUGCUUUCCCGACUGAGGAGAAUGAUACAGCAGAAGCUAAUACUGGUCCAACAGAGGGUGAAGAGGUUGAAAAGGGUCUUGUUCAGCCAUUGCUCUUGAGUUCAGCGGCGGAAAAUCAAGUAGAUGGUGAUGAUGAAGACGAAGAAUGUGAUGCAAGUGAAGAAGCUCCUGAGGAAUCUCGUAGGCCAGCCAAUUCUAUUGGAUCAGCAUAUAGAUUACUUACUCCUUCAGUAAAGGUUCAAUUGUUGAUAUACUUCAUGCUUAAGUAUGUGAUGGAAAUUUUACUCUCUGAAUCGAGUGUUAUCACCACAUACUACUUCAGUUGGUCUACCAGCAAAGUUGCAAUAUUUCUUGCAUGCCUUGGAUUAACAGUUCUUCCAGUUAAUAUUGUUGUUGGGAGCUACAUAAGCAACAUGUUCGAAGACAGGCAAAUUUUAAUGGCAUCUGAGAUUAUGGUCUUUAUCGGCAUAAUUCUAAGCUUCCAUAUUUUCGUGCCGUAUUCUGUGCCACAAUAUGUCAUUUCAGGUCUCAUAAUGUUCGUCUCUGCCGAAGUUUUAGAAGGUGUGAACUUGUCACUUCUAUCUCGGGUCAUGUCAUCGAGACUUGCUCGUGGUACAUACAAUGGAGGGUUGCUAUCAACUGAAGCAGGGACAAUUGCACGAGUGAUUGCUGAUGCAACAAUAACUCUGGCAGGGUACUUGGGUGAGAGUAGCCUUCUCAAUAUUACUCUCCUUCCUUCGCUCAUCAUUUGUGUAUCAUCAAUGUUGGCCACAUGCUAUACCUAUAAUUCACUAUAUUAAUAGUAUCGCAUGUUCUCUGGUGCGAAUUGUCAUACUUGUAACCUUGUACCAUUAUUUCAUAUUUCUGUUACCUUCUUGUCACAUCUACCUUCGAGUUUUGUUUUCGUUGUACAAUAUAGUCCAAACUCCUUAGUGUUCUUCAAUCUGAAUUUCUAGAAUAAUAAAAGAAGAGAACAUCGUAAGGUCUGCUGA